AUGGGUCAGUUGCGUAAAGCCGAGCUUUCCGCCAAGGCUCUUGGAAAAGGUCUCUUUGCAUCCUUUGCCGGCGUUUCCACUCCUUCUGCUGCCUCGGCCAAAACCAUUUCUGCCAAAUCUUUGAGACCCGGCCUUCGUGUAGAAAAUGCCGUGGUUUCUAAAGUAGUGAGUGUCGACACUUACAACGUUAGAUUGCCUGCUGGCGAUGAGGUGACAGUGCAAUUGGCAUCUUUGCGUGGACCCAAGCCUAAUGACACUACUUUGACAUCCAAUUCCGCUCAGCAGCAAGUUUUGGUGCAGAUGGCCAGAGAAUUUGCCAGAAACCACGCCAUUGGCAGAAAUGUGACCAUGCAUGUUGAUGGCUUCCGCCAGGCCAACGACGACUUGAACUUGCCUGCUCGUUUCUUGGUGUCUUUUGAACUCGGAGGAAAAGAUUUCUCGGAGCAAAUCGUCAGUCACGGAUUCGCUACUGUGAUCAAACAUAACAAGCAGACUGCCAACGAGCGUGCGCUUAACUGGGAUCGUCUUGUUGAAAUCGAGGAGGAGCAGAAGAAAGCUGGCAAAAAGGGUGUUUUCUACCAAGGUGAUAUUUCCAAGAUCUUGACCAUGGGUGCACGUGUGGUGAAUGCUUCCGAGUCGCAAACAAAGGCUAAAACCUUCUUCAACGGAUUCCAGAAGAAGGGCCGUAUGGCUGGCUUCCACGUGGAAUACGUUUCUGCGGGAAACAGAGUCAAAUUGUUCAACGCAAAAGAAGGCACUAAGUUGACUUUGGUUUUGGGCGGUUUGGCCAACUCGCGGGCCGAGGAUAGUCUCGACUACCUCAACCGCAAGUACUUGCAAAGAAACGUCGAGUUUGAAGUUUACGAUACGGACAAGGUUGGAGGCUUUAUUGGCAAUUUAUAUGCCAAUGCGCAGGCUACAAAACCAGUGCAAGUGGAAUUAUUGGAACAAGGUUUGGUUUCGCUUUUCGAGCAUGCGGCACAUUCCAACAAGUUUGGCGCCGAUCUUUUCAAGGCCGAAGAACAGGCGAAAAACGGCCACAAGGGGAUCUGGAAAGACUACGAUGCUUCUGCUGCCCAGGCUGAGGCAGACGAGGAAUCUUUGCGCAUGAAGGAGCUCAGUCUCGAGUCGCAGAAACCCAAGUUCUUCGACAUUGAAGUUGUUGAUCUCGACAAAUCAGGAGUAUUGUCGUUCCAUCUCACCGAUGCUAACACCAGCCGAGAAUUUGCCAAGUUCAAGGAAGACUUCAACUCUUUCCACGGCCAGAAUGCGAGUGCUAGUGCUGCAUCGACAGACUUGCCAGUAAACUUGACCAAAGCGCCAAAGAGAAACGAGUUUGUUGCGGCCAAGUUUGCUGAAAAUGGCAAGUAUUACCGUGCUCGUGUCGUUGGUUUUGACCGCUCGUCAAACACUUACGAAGUGAAACAUGUGGAUUUUGGAAAUGUUGACAAGGUGCCAUUGUCUUCGUUGCGUGUUCUUCCUAAACGGUUUGGCACCGACGUCAUUCGUCCUUUUGCUCACACUUGUAAGCUCCAGAACAUCCAAUUGCCUCCAACUCAACCAAAAGAUUACUUGACUGAAGCCAUCUAUCUUUUGGAGGACUUGACUUUCGACAAGAAGCUAGUUCUUUCUGGGUUGCCAUCUCGCACCCAGGGCAUCGAGUACGAUGCCAUUUUGUACGAUGCUGAGGAAUCUUUGAAAGACCCAGAGUACACCAUCAACAAGCAGUUGGUGGCUGAAGGAUAUGGUAUUGUCGAGCCAGUGGCUGGUGCUAAUUUGAAGGAGUAUGUUGCUGGUCUUUUGCAAGUGCAGAAAAAGGCCAAGUCCGACCGUGUGGGCUGCUGGGAGUUGGGAGACAUCACAGCGGAUGAGCUUUAA